AUGGCUCACUGCAUGGGGCCUGUGCUGCUGCUGCUGCUGCUGCUACUACUAUUACUGGGGUCUGCAAGCUCCGCUGGGGGGAACCGCUGCGUGGACGCUGCCGAAGCGUGCACAGCCAACGCGCUGUGCCAGCGACUGCGCACGGAGUACGUGGAGCAGUGUUUGGGGAGGGUCGUAAACGGGGGGUGCCCCCGCUCCCGCUGCCACCGCGCCCUGCGCCGUUUCUUCUCCCGCGGGCCGCAGGCGCUCACCCACGCGUUGCUCUUCUGUCCAUGUGCGAGCCCCGCGUGCGGCGAGCGACGGCGCCAAACCUUCGUGCCCGCCUGCGCCUUCUCGGGACUGGGCCAGGAGCCGCCCUCCUGUCUCGCACGGAUGGACGCUUGCGAGAGGAGCCGGGUCUGCAGGCCCCGCCUCCUGACCUUCCAGGCCUCCUGCUCGUCGGUCCCCAUCACCCGAGACAGUUGCCUGCGGGACCAGGGCCCCAGUUGCCUGCGCGCCUACGCGGGCCUGGUGGGUACCGCGAUCACCCCCAACUACGUGGACAACGCGAGUGCGCGCGUGGCUCCCUGGUGCGACUGCAGAGCCAGCGGAAACCGGCGUGAGGAGUGCGAAGCCUUCCAGGGGCUCUUUACAAGGAACCGCUGCUUGGAUGGUGCCAUACAAUCCUUUGACAGCCAAUGGCCCUCAAUCCUGCAGGACCAACUGGGUUCCCACCACGACCCUGGGCAGCGCCUCCUACAGGUACCCUCUGCAGACAGGCCCCUGGAAGGGAGCUCCCUGCAGUCCAUACUCCCUGUCCUGGUUCUCCAGGCCCUGCUCUGACUAGGACAGCAGACAUUGGACCCCACAGCUGACUGCACACACUGCUGGGGUACAGGACCAUGUCUCUGGUUUAUUGCCCUCUGAAAAGGUCCCUUUCUUCACAGACCUUGAGACAACUGGAUUCUCUCACUGGGGAUGCACGGGAGAGGGUCACCUUUGCAGCUGAGGCCUCACUAGCAUCCCCAGAUCUAAAGAAGGUCAGAGACCAUCCGGACUCCUGGAACUCUAGGAAACUGUGUUGGCCUCUCAAGCAGGUAUCACCCUAAGGAAUGCAUGGGAGCAGACUCCCUCUAGCACAGCUGCCUUUGAGGACACCCUCCCACUUAGGCAAUACCUGUGCCCCAGAAUUAAUGUUGGCAGAUUGCUUCCUGUCCAUGAUAUGCUGCUUGGUGGGCAUCCCCUGGAAUGAGAGGAGUCAGUCCCUGCCCUGCCCCUGCACUGCACUGGCUACUUGGU